UUUUCUCUCUCACGCAGAGUCAGACACGAAAAUGGCUGAAGAGGAGAGCGAGCAAACUUCUCCCGGAAUCCUUCAAGAAAUUUUCACUUCGCCUCUGAACCUGAGCUUGCUGUGCCUCUGUCUGUUUCUCUUGUACAAGAUAUUUCGAGGAGAUAAACCCGCGGACGUGGGCGAGGUCGAGGAGCCGUUACCCAAACUGAAGAAGAGGGACUUCACUCUGGAGGAGCUGAAACCGUACGAUGGACUGACGAACCCCAGGAUCCUCAUGGCUGUCAACGGAAAAGUGUUCGAUGUGACGAGAGGGAAGAAGUUCUACGGACCAGAUGGCCCUUAUGGUGUCUUUGCAGGCAGGGAUGCUUCCAGGGGAUUGGCUACAUUUUGCCUAGAUAAGGAGGCCUUGAAAGACGCACAUGAUGAUCUUUCAGACCUCAAUGCCAUGCAGCAGGAGAGCCUGAGCGAGUGGGAGACGCAGUUCACCCACAAAUAUGAUUACAUCGGCAAGCUUCUGAAGCCUGGAGAAGAGCCAACAGAGUACACGGACGAUGAAGAAGUGAAGGACAAAAAGAAGGAUUAGAACGCUCAGGAGCACAGGAGGCAGCCAAACACCUCAGUUCCUCUCAGCCAUGCCCACAUUGCCCUUAGUUCUCUUGCAGUGAUCAAUAUGCGCCUGUAAUUCUGGUUCAUUUUUGACUAUUUGCUUUGAAUGACAAUGUCUUCAAGGUUCAGUUUGCCUCUCUGUGAUCUUAACUAACCUGUCUUAAAAUUGUCAAGAAGGUUUCGGUCAGAUUUUCCUAAAGAAUGCUGUAGUGUAUUUGACCGUGGCAGCCAAUGUUAUGAUCUGUAGUACAGAUAGGAUGCCUGAGUAGUGUACUGUGACAAAUGAUACGGGACCCACUGUUUUAUAUUCUGAUGGUUUGUUUGGCAUUUUAUCUUAAAGAAAUGCUCGGAACACAAAGGUUAUACACUACAAAAAUUUCAUAUGUAAUUUCAGAAUAGGACACGAGACGUAGUGAUGUGCUGUUUUAUUCAACAGUUGUAGAUGAAACGUAACAUUCCAUGAUUGGGACAGAUGAAGAUGAAGCAGUUGUACCUGGAGAAUACUCAUCAUUAAAGGAGAUGUUGUAUUAA